AUGUGGAAAUUGGAUAUACUGUACCUUACCCAAGCGCCAAGAUUAACCUCGCUGUCCUCAUUUCACAAAAUGGCAGGCAGAGAGUAUUGGCGGAGUAUUGGCAUUCAUAACAAUUCGGUCCCUCCCCGCCGGCCCGACGAGAUUCUCCUUUCCCCAGCGCAUUCAUCUGCCGCGGCACCUAGCAUCCAGCAGACAUUCGCCGCGGCACCUAGCAGUCAGCAGACAUUCGCCGCGGCACCUAGCAUCCAGCACACAUUCGCCGCGGCACCUAGCAUCCAGCACGCCGUCGCCGGCGAGGGAUGUAUCCGACACUAUUGA